AUGAGUGAUCCUAUAAUUAGCGAGCAAUAUUAUUUCAACGAAUCGUACGAUGUGAAUGCUAAUUAAAUUGAUUUUUCUGGAAUACCAGAUUCAUUUUUGAAUAAUUAGCCAUAAAAGAGAUAACAAUUUCCAAAAAUCUAAAUUUUCGAUGAAGCUGACAGUGGGAUAAAUAAUUUGGAACCCAAUCAGAUUCAAUUUGAAGAAAUAAAGAUGGAUAGGCUUCGAAUAAAGAAUGACAGCUCCAUAGAUGCCUAGCCUAGAAGUGGGAGUGACGGGGAUAACUCAAUCGAUGCAAGUUUGAAUAACCGAAGAAGGAGGAGGUCAAAAAAAUAUUCAAAAGAAGAAUAAAAACAUUUAAAAGAUUCAUUGUAAUCUUAGAUCAUUUUGAAUCUAGGGCAGACAAAGAGCACUUACACUAAUAAAAUCCAGAAUUUGGUGAAAAAUGAAAAUAACGGGCGAUUAUUGAUCACAACUAAAGCCAGACAAUCAAGGAGUUAAUAGAAAUUGGAAAGGAAAAAUGAACAGUAGCUUUAAAUGAAUCUUGAACAUAGUGACUAGUCUUCAUCUGAAAAUCCAGAUUCGCUUAAUGAUGGAAAUAUGGAUCCUAGUCGUUUAAAACAAGUGAAGAACCGAGAAUCAGCCAGGAAUUCAAGAGCAAGAAAAAAAAUAUAUUUUGAGUUAUUAGAGACAAGAGUUCAAGAGUUAUAGGAUGAAAAUGACAAACUUAGAGAAUAAUGUACUACUUUAUCAAAAUCAAUUGAAAAUUUCAAUAAAUAGCAAGAUAAGUUUUCUUAAUUCUUAGAAUAGUAAGAGAAACUAUUCGAGAGAUUAGAGGAUUGCAUUAAAUAAGGCAAAGAUGCAACAGAAAUCGAAAUCUUGCUGGAUGCAUUGAAAUAUAGAACAUCAUCUAAUAAAUAAGAGAGAAUAGAUGCUGCAAAAUCCUAUUCCUAUUCAAUCUUAGAUGUUUGUUUACCCUUACAAACAAAAUACUUAUUUAGUAUUUUAGAUGACAAAGACUUCUUUUCUAAAGAUUCGAGAAAUUACACUGACUAUUUGAGAGAUGUCUUUAAGAAAAUUGAUACAAAAACUGAUGACUUUGGAAAUAAUGAAAAAAUUAAAUAAAAGCUAGGAUCAGCAAAAUAGAAUAUGCAUGAUUCGUUUAAGAAGAUAAAAAAGGAGAUUAAAUUAAUUUAGAGUGAGGCAGGAAAGGUAGAUUUGUUGUGGGAGUAAUUGAAAGAGAAAUUAUAACCUCAAAUACUGGCAUAGUGUUUGAUAACACUGCAUAAGGUAUAAAGUGCAUUAAGUAUGUAGAAUGAAUUUCGAGCAGAGUUUUAGGCAUCUACCUUAUUUAAGAGACAAAAAGACAAAAAAGAGUAAGUAGGAAUGUCAAUCGAAUAAUAGUUAUUGUAGCGAAAGUAAGUAAAAAAAUGUAAUUGA